CAUCCAUCAUAUAUCAUAUAACGCACCAAGCUACACACACAAACACGAGGAGAAAUAAAGAGCUGCUGCUUCUUCUUUUUUUUUUUUUUUCUGGUUUUGCUGUUCUUUGUGAGCUACCUAUGGCAAUGGAGCUCAUGAGCACAACCACUUUCCUGACACUAGCUCUGGUACUCGCUGUUGUUCCGAAGAUAUGGGAAGCCUGUCGGAUUCUCCUGUGGAGGCCGUACGUGCUGUCCAGGAGUUUGAAGAAACAGGGAGUUUCGGGACCAGGUUACAAGAUCUUGUACGGUAACAUCCGCGAGAUCAGGAAGAUGAAGAGUGAGGCUAAGACUUCGGUUCUUGAUCCCAACUCUCACAAUAUCCUCCCUCGUGUUCUUCCUCAUUACCACUCUUGGAUGUCCCAAUACGGAGAGACAUUCAUUUAUUGGUACGGAACAGAACCAAGGAUAUGCAUUUCGGAGCCUGAGUUAGUGAAGCAGAUAUUGUCGAACAAGUUCGGUUUCUACGUUAAACCCAACGUGAGGCCAGAAGUCAAUAAACUUACUGGCAACGGACUUGUCUUAGUUGAGGGUCUUGAUUGGAUCCGACACAGACGAAUCCUCAACCCUGCUUUCUCCAUUGACAAGCUCAAGGUCAUGACAAAGCCAAUGGCGGAUUGCACGGCCAAGAUGUUCCAAAGAUGGAAGAAACAGGGAACUGAUCAAGUGUCGAAGAUCGAGAUGAGCAGUGAGUUCCAGAGAUUAACGGCCGACAUCAUAGCGACUGCUGCGUUUGGAAGCAGUUAUGCUGAAGGCAUCGAAGCUUUCAGAUCACAGAGAGAGCUUCAGAAGUGUUGCGUCGUUUCUCUCUCCAAAGCGUUUGUCCCCGGAUUCCAGUACCUUCCGACCGCUUUGAAUCUUCAAAUGUGGAAGCUUGACAGGAAAGUGAAGAACUCUCUCAAGAAAAUUAUAGAUACGAAACUCAACUCCAACUCUGGAUAUGGAGAGGAUCUUUUGGGUCUGAUGUUGACUGCCACCAAAGCUGACGGAUCUGAUAAGAAGGGGCUGAAGAUGAGCAUGGAUGAGAUCAUGGAAGAAUGAAAGACCUUCUUUUUCGCAGGCCAUGAAACGACAUCAAACUUAUUGACCUGGACGGCGAUGCUGUUGAGCGUUCACCAAGACUGGCAGGAGAAGCUCAGAGACGAGGUUUGGAAGGAAUGCGGCGAAACCCGGAUCCCGGAUGCAGACAUAUUGCCCAGAUUCAAACUGACUACUGAGGACAUGAAGUUGGGACACUUGAACAUACCCAAAGGCACGACCCUAACGCUACCGCUUGCUAAGAUGCACCGCGAUAAGGAGCUUUGGGGAGACGACGCCAACGAGUUCAGACCGCUGCGUUUUGAAAACGGCGUUUCAAGAGCCGCUAAACACCCAAACGCGCUCAUGGCGUUCUCGGUGGGACCCAGAGCCUGCAUAAGUCAGAACUUUGCCAUGAUCGAAGCCAAGACGGUCCUCGCCAUGAUUCUGCAGCGUUUCAGGUUCUCUCUCGCCGGAGAGUAUAAGCACGCGCCGGCUGAUUUUAUCACUCUCCAGCCACAGUUUGGCCUUCCCGUAAUGCUUCAGCCUCUCUGAAACUUAGGGUGACAUAUAUUUACGCAAAAAAAAAGAAACAAAUCUUUCUUGCCCUCUUAGGUUUUUGUUUCAAAGAUGUGAACUUCGUUUAUAUAAUGCGCUUUUAAGUAAUCUUGAUUAUUCACUUUCAUAUAGUUUCAUGCAUUCACGAAUCAAGUCUUGCAUGUAAUAUCUAAAUUUGGAUAGUUCAAUCGGUAAUACUGAAGCGCAAAAUGUUUGUCUGAUCCGAAUUCGAAUCUCAAAUUUGGAGAAAAAAACAUAUAUUCCAAAUCAUUUAACUGAUUCUCGACCCAAUAUAUAUUCCAAAUCAUUUAACUGA